AUGACGCGUCGCGUUGUCAUUGUGCUGUGCAGACGAAUCUCUGUUCACCUGCUAUGGCUAGCGCUGAAAAUGGUAUACGUGUCGCCGUCGUCAUCAGCGGUAUCCGGCGCCGCGAAUGCGGUCGUAUCGGCUGGAGUCGGAGGAGGAAAUCGAGGUGGCGUGUUCCAGGUUGACAAUGGUUGUACGGAUGUGCUUCCGCCGCCAUGCAGGUGCACAAAGACCUCGGUCGAGUGCAUCAACGGCCAAUUCACGGACACGGACAUUUUUCUGCAGAUCUCGAGCGUGCACUUCCCUCAGCUGCAGCUGGUCAUCUUCGAAGGUAACAACUUCGUCAACCUACCGUCGCACAUGUUCGGACCGUCGACCUCACACGUGCACCUCAGGUCGCUGAACCUGUCAGCCAAUUACUUCGUUGUGGUUAGCGAAAACGCGUUUCACGGCAUGCGAGCACUGCAGACGCUCGAUCUGUCCGACAACGAGAUCAUCCUGCGCGACUCGAACAAGGACAUGUUCAAGCAGGUGCCUCACUUGAAGAACUUGCUGCUUCGCAAGGCGUUCCGCUACCCGGUGAAUGUCACUCAUCAAAUGAACCUGCUGAAGACGAUCUUAAACAACGCUAACCUGACCGAUCUCGAGCAUUUGGACCUAAGCUGGAAUUCGCUCGACUGGUUUCCUGAAAAGCUGCCCUGCUCGUUGCCGCGUUUGCGUCAUUUGAACCUGGCCAAUAAUAAUCUGAAGACUUUUAACUUCGCCUGGCGCUGCUUGCAGCAGCUGACCUUCCUGGCACUAGCCGACAAACUGCCGUCGUCGUGCACCAUCAGCCUGCGCAUGAACCCGUUUGCAUGUGAUUGUCGAUCGGCGACGUACAUCGAGUGGCUGAAGGUGACGGAUAGAGUUCGUGACGUUCGUUUCCUCAAAUGUUACUCGCCGCAGCCCAGCGUUUACCUGACGCCGUUGGUUGAAGUGAACACCAGGAAACUUGUGUGCAACCUGAGCGACGCUGCUGCCGCCACCGAGAGCAUAGUCACGGCAAAUCUGCCUGUCAUGCUGGCUGUGGUGUGUUUUUUGUUUAAUCCUUAA